CCUGGAAUAUUAACAUUAACAUUUCUUUGCCUUUCUCAAAACACUGUACUUUUUUGCACUUUGCUAAGCCUCCAACAGCGCUGGCCACCCUGUAGGUGUAAGUUUUAGCAACUGCACUGCUUGCACUACUCUGGUUGAAAUUUGGUGCGUGCUCUGCCAGCUGUUCACUUUCCCACUGCACACGCAACGUCACUGAAACUGCAAAAUGAAAUCGACCAAAUGCGACCAAUCCCGUCUGUCUCGGGGCAUCUCGUGGCCUCCAUGGAAAUCAAAUCUCUCAAUAGCCUUUUGCGACGAGGCCCAUUGCUGAAACCCGACUGAAGAGCGCGACAUGGUGUCCGUGGAUCCCGUUCCCAGCAGCGUCGGGAUCUUCAGGAUAUCGGUGGCUGCCGAUCCUUCCAAUUUGUUUGUCGGCGUAGUGGCGCCCGAGUCCACCUCGUCGCCCUCCUGCAGCGUUGGGAUGUCGACACCGCCAACAAAUGCACCAAAGCGGUAUCCCACGGACGGGAGGCCCAUCUGGCGGCGGCGCUGUUGACGCAGGAGAAGCCCUAGGCCAAUGGUAACGCCCUGAGAAAAGGCAAGAACGCCUACAAGAUUCGGGUAUGUGGUUUCAACUUUGUCCAGCAAAGCAACGGUAGCAUCCAGGCCUGUGCCGUUGCGGAGAUAGUCGGCUGAACCGGGCCGGUUUGCCCACGAGUAAUACGGACCCUCGUCCUCGAAGAUUGGCAACACGUUGGGACCAGGCUCGCUCUCGUUUGGUGCAUCAACGAAGAUGAAAUCAAAAUCAUCUUCAAGCUGUUGCACGACGGCCAUGGCCUGGAUCUCAAAGAUCAUGGCCGAUGUACCGCGACCAUGUAGACACAGAAUCGCUGGCUUCAUUGUGACGACGGAAAACGACGACAGGAAAACAAAAAAAGAGACGAGAGUCGGUGGCUUGCCGUGGGAUCCGCAGCUCCGAAGAGUUGCUGAUGCAUUCCCAUCAUAUAUGCCUUUAUACGAAGAUCGCUAUGCAAUACGGCAUGACAGUUUAACGAGUCACCCCUUAUGGAGUUGAGCACAUCUUCAGUCGAUGACCGCGACUCUGUUCCGUGCAGCAUCGCCCGGUAUUUUGAUAUCUUGGCAAAACCAGCUCGUCAUUUCGCUGGAUUAGGCAUAGCCACUGCUGGGUGCAUAGCUUACUAUCCAGGGCUCAUGCACAUCAGCUAAGAGAUCCACUAACAACAACAUCCGAUGCGUUUUGCUUCAUGCUGACGGUUUCAUCGAGAUAUCCACUCCACGGAUAACGGCAUAGUGAGGCUGAAAUUCACAAUGAGCCGCCGGCAGGCAUGGCCUGCUUAGUGGUUUGUGACGCAGUGCCGUACAUGGUCCUAGUGCAUGGGUAGGAUGAAAGCGGGCUGUGCGAGCAAACCUCUUUGCUUGUAUUCAUGUCGCCACCAAACAUUCGGCCUCUCAUGGAAGUAGAGUUUCAUGGAUGUAGGGUGCAGGGUCAGAGAUGAGGGAUGGAUCUGAGAAUUCUGCAGUAGCGAUUUGCGAAACUAUGCCGGUAAGCUUUUUUAUAAACAUACCGAGCCAAUACACCUACGGGUAGCCUUGUUUUGCGUGUUGGUGUGCAUUGCAGCAUGUGCCAAGCCUUUCAUCUCCCGCCUACAGCCGGUUGCCGGUGCCGCUAAUUUAGGGGAGCAUAUCGGAGCACACGUUUUUCUUGACCGCCUAGCACUGCCUAAUCAAGUUAGUCUCCCGCUCGUGCAUGGGUAGGUUCAGCUCUAGCCGCAAAUGAUCGACAGUCGACAUCGACAACGGAUAUAAUGGAUACCCAAAGAGCUUUUUACUUAUACGCGGGUCCGGCUUUAACAUCGGCACACACGGCCACCGCUCGUGCUCAGGAACGCCUCUUACGCAAUUCCAUCUGUGCCGGCACCCGACUGGUGCAUAUACGGCACUAUACGAUGAUGUGGAUCGUGAUUUGCCGAGCAAAGAGUUUGCGGAUAUGGCUUACGGCUUCAUUGCGGAACGAUCCUGAUGCCGCGCGCAGCCAGUGGGUGCGGAAAUGUGACAACUCCAGCUUCAAGACUAGGACAUGCGGACGAAUGGAAGUUUUACGGCAACCCUGCUUGUGCCAACCGAGAGUCAUGUUCGUAGGGGGACUAUGCUCAGCUGAAUGCAAGAUGUGUAAACAGUUGUCGUUCAACUUGGCUCUUCGGCAGCUGCUCAGAUCCAAAUUCUGCCUAGUGCUACGGUGAGAGCUGAAGCUGAAAGCAAAAUGUCGCAUGGCCAUUUUCAUAAAUGCUUUUCGUCCUGCCGCGAUGUAGAAAUGGCGGAGAUGAGCAAUCAUAGAAACAUCGGAGCACACUCUGAAUAUGAAUCAUACGGAACAAGAGACCAGCAACAUGUCUCCUUCUACGCAAAAAGUCACCGUCAACCCCGGAACAAAUACAUCCGAGCCCAAUGCCAUCAUUGGUGCCGCCUGCCGUGUUCCCGGCGCCACAAAUCCCCAUGCUCUGUGGAAGAUGCUUGAGGAAAAGCGCGAUGUGCAGCGCAAGAUGCCCACCGAGAGAUACAACGUCGAUGGCUUCUACCACCCAGUAAAUACAAACAAAGGAACAACAAAUGCACGAUAUGGGUACUACCUAGACCAAGGCAUCGACCAGUUCGAUGCCUCUUUCUUCAACAUCUCCGGCAAGGAAGCCGAGGCAAUGGAUCCCCAGCAAAGGUUGUUGCUCGAGGUUGUAUAUGAAGCACUAGAGGAUGGUAAGUCCAGGCUCAAACCAUCGCCAAGCCUCGACCCAAGCUAAUAUUCACCAAUGUAGCUGGCAUUACUCUGGAUGAAAUCAGAGGAACACGCACAGCUGUUUACGCGGGAUCCUUCACUUACGAUUACCAAUACAUGACGAACCGCGAUCUCACAUAUUACCCCAAAUACUCCAUCACGGGCAACUUGGCCCAGACCAUUCUCGCAAACAGAGUAUCGUUUUUCUUUGAUCUUCACGGCCCUAGUGUCCAGAUUGAUACAGCAUGCUCUUCUGGCCUCACAGCCCUUCACCUCGGCUGCCAGAGCUUGCUUAGUGGCGAGUCUGACAUGGCCAUUAUCUGUGGCACUGCGCUGCAUUUUGAUCCAACCAUCUUUGUCACAAUGUCCGACUUUGGCAUGCUUUCAACAGAUGGGCGCUGUCGUCACUUUGACGCCGCUGGCUCUGGUUAUGUGCGCGGCGACGGCAUCUGCGCCGUUAUUCUCAAGCGUCAACGUGACGCCGAAGGAAACAAUGAUACUAUCCGCGCCAUCAUCAGAGGCACAGGCGCCAACCACGAUGGAACAAAAGAGGGCAUUACACUGCCCAACCCCACGGCCCAAGCCGAUCUCGUUCGUCGCGUCUAUCAUGAUGCCGGCAUCUCUCCCCAGGACACUGGCUACUUUGAGGCUCAUGGAACAGGCACCAAAGCCGGUGAUCCACGUGAAGCGCAAGGCAUUGGGGCCGUCUUCGCAGCUUCAAGGACCGAACCACUCUACGUUGGCUCUAUCAAGACAAAUAUCGGCCACUUGGAAGGCGCCUCUGGUCUUGCUGGAGUCAUCAAGGCCAUGAUGUCGGUUGAAAAAGGCAAGAUCCUGCCCAACAUGCACUUCAACACGCCCAACCCAAACAUUGACUUUGCUGGUCUCAAGAUCAAAGUACCGGAGUCAGUCAUCGAUUGGGCCCCUACGAGUGGUAUUCGCCGCGCCAGCGUCAACUCGUUUGGUUUUGGUGGUAGCAACGUCCACGCUGUGUUGGAAAACUACGUUGGCCCGCUCGCCAACGAACCGCCUCAAGAUCAACCUGCCCGCGCGUAUCUGCUGCCUCUGUCAUCACAUACCGAAAAGGCUGGCAGCCUUCUCCAGCAGAGCCUGUCUCAGUACAUGAAGCAAAACGCGGAUACCUCUGCUAGAGACCUAGUCUUCAGCUACACAAACCGCCGUACUGUGCACGGUUUCCGCUCGUUCGCUGUCGGCCGAAACUUGCAGGAACUUGAAAAGAAUACAGAGACUUUGCAGCCACAGGCUACCUGGAAACGCGCAGAGGACAAUAUUCGUCUUGGUUUCAUCUUUACUGGACAGGGAGCUCAGUGGUAUGCCAUGGGCCGUCAACUGAUUGAAGAGCAUCCUUUGUUCAGACAGUCUCUUGUCGAAUGCCAGAAUGUUCUCAUGACCCUGCCCGAUGCGCCCGCUUGGUCUGUCUUGGACGAGUUGACCAAGAGCGAAACUGAGAGUCGUCUUUCCAAGAGCGAGUUCUCGCAGCCUCUUUGCACUGCUGUGCAGAUUGCCCUUGUCGAUUUGCUGGCAAGCUGGGGCAUCCGUCCUGCUUCUGUGGCUGGCCAUUCGUCAGGCGAAAUCGCUGCAGCCUAUGCCGCUGGAAGUCUUUCCAAGCGUGAUACUAUCAUCUGUGCUUACUAUCGCGGCCUUUAUAUGUCCAAAGGUCUCGGCGGUGCUGCAGGAAGGAUGAUGGCUGUUGGCCUCACCGAAGCAGAAGCCAAUGCCGAGCUCGCUGACUUCCAAGGAAAAGCAAGCAUUGCUGCCGUCAACAGCCCUUCUAGCAUCACGCUGUCUGGUGACGAAGACGCUAUCCUUGCCAUCAAGGCUAGGCUGGAUGAGCGUAAGGCAUUUGCCAGACUGCUUCAAGUCGAACAGGCUUUCCACUCACACCACAUGAUUCCACUUGCUCCUGCAUUCAAGGACGCUGUGUCUGGUACUCCUGGGUUUGAGGCUGAUGAGGCGACAGUGCGCAUGUUCUCUAGCGUCACUGGUCGCGAUUCUAGCGCUCGUCCGAUGGACGCUUCUUACUGGGCCGAUAACAUGACUGGUCGUGUGCGCUUCUCUGACGCUGUCACUGGCAUGGUGCUCGACGAUCAAGACAACCUUGCUGUGGAUGUGAUUGUCGAGCUUGGCCCUCACCCUGCGCUUAAAGGCCCUGCGAAGCAAACUCUGAAGCAGCUUGGAAUCGACGUUCCCUAUAUCGGUACGCUUGAUCGCAAGGUUCCAGCCUACGAAAGUCUCGUGGCUUGUGCUGGCAAUCUUUUCACCCUCGGCUACAAGGUCGAUAUCAAUGCUGUUAACAGCGACGCCAGUGUAUCUGAAAACGGCGAAGUAACCUACCAGCAGUAUGGACGACGACUGAAGGAUUUGCCGACUUACUCGUGGGAUCACAAGUCAUACUGGUCCGAGACUCGAACCUCAAAGUCGUUCCGCCACAGAGCUCUGCGCACGCCGCUUCUCGGCGCUCUUGUUCCGGGAUCACCGCUUUCUCAUCCCCGCUGGCACAAUUAUCUACGCCUCUCAGAGCUUCCUUGGCUUGCUGACUAUGCCGUGGAUGGCAGUGUCGUGAUGCCUGCGUCUGCUUUCCUUAGUAUGGCGAUUGAAGCGCUCCUUCAAAUGCCCAGUACCCAAGGCAAGGAGAUUCAAUUCAGGGAUGUUACCAUCCCAACAGCAUUGCCAAUUCCUGACACUGAUCGUGGCGUCGAAGUAAUGCUAGAUCUGCGACCGCUUGACAACUCAAAAGACUACGCUUUUACCGUGUACUCUUUCAACGAUGCAGGCGAUAGCUCCAUUAACUGCACGGGUAACAUCAGUACAGCUGCCGAGGCAUCUAUUUCUGCUGCUGCGGAGUAUGACCUAGAUCAGGCUCUUUCCAAGACAAACUAUCGCCUGACAUCCGACAACUUUUACGCUCAGUUGGAUAGCGUCGGCCUUGGAUAUGGUUCUCGUUUCAAGCUUGCGCAGGGAUGGCUCGAGACCGGUAAGCAUCUGACCGUUACCCAACUCAACACGGCAGCAGUUUACCAAGACCAUGCGAACGAUACCUACAAGAUUCACCCGGCUCUACUCGACGGCAUGACGCAAGGCAUCUUCCUAGCCAUCCAGUCUUCGCUUGAGGACGCUCUUCAAGACGCCUAUGUGGGCACAUCCUUCAAGCAGAUUACUAUCUCGACCGAACUCCUCGACGUGGAUGAACCACAAGAAUACUGGACCGUUUCCAACAAGAUUGAAGCUGAUCAGCGAACAAGCAGAGGCAACGUCUCUGUUCAUGCUUCAACCGGCAAGGAAUUGGCACGCUUCGAGGGCAUCCAGCUUGCUAGCUUGGGCCGAGCGCGGGAUGACAAGGACCCCUAUCGCCUGUUCCGUACCGCCUGGAAGCCAGCAUUUGACUUCUUGGGCGUGUCUGGCAACGAUGCAGAUGACUUGUCCACUGAUGAUGUGGUUGCUAUUUUCCGCCAUUCGCACCCUAGCUGUACAGUCUUAGAUACUGACGCUGAAGACGACUCCAAUCUGUACGAUCUGAUCGUUGCCAAGUCUGUUAUCAACCAAAACGCGCUCUCGAAGAACCUGAAGCCUUGUGGAUUUGUCCUUUCCCAACCCAAUGAAGACCUUGACAACAUGACCCGAGUCUUCUCUAGCAAGCAAUGCAGUCUUUGGCAAAUAUCUCAACCUCGUCUCGAAACACGUCUUGACGUGUUGAUCGAUAACGAUAGCUCUGUUGAAAUUCAACAGCUUGUCGCAAAAGUCUCCAGAGAGAGUGACGUUGGAUCUGUUACCGUACUCAACUUGGAUACGGCUUCUGAUGCGACAUUUGCCCAAGUUGGUAACCAAUUGGUCGUAGUCUCCGAAUACAACAGCACCAAUGGCGUUCCAUCGGAGAAUGGCCAGCUCAUCAAACAGCGCAGAGACAGAAUCCAGAGCUUGGUUGAUCAUCAAGACAGGAAGCUCACAUGCUUACACUACCAUGGCUCUAGCGUUGCUCUGCGCCCCUCUCCUGAGCCUCUAUCGACAACUGCUAGCUUGCUUCUCUCAAUUGGCGGACACAGAGUCACUAAUGUUCAGAUGAACGCUGCUUGCGAGGCUAACAUUGGAUCUAUUCUAAGCCUCGUUAGCUCUGGCCCAGCAGGCGAGAACUUCUCAAUCAAGGAUGGCCAAGUUCUGGUUGCUAGAAUUAUCACCGAUAAGACACCCGCAGCGACUCCUAUGGCUGUAUUCAAUGGUGCAACCCUGAAGCUUGAAGAAUCUAGCUCUUCAUACGCCAUUCAAGAAGAUACCCAGAGUGUUUUGGCUGGAACCGUUGGCGUCAACGUCAUUGAAUCGUGUCUUGUCCGCGCAGGCCCUACCGCAUGCGUUGCUGUCGUCAAGGAAGUAGGUGCAACAAGCAAGUUCAAACAGGGAGAUAAUGUCCUAGUGCUUGCUGAGAAUGGAGAAGCCCAAAAUUCGAGACUACGUGUCCAAGAGACAAAUGCGUUUUCCAUUCCAGCGUCGCUCAACAGCACCAUUAGUCAUAUUGCGGUACCGCUGCUGCAGGCCAUUUAUGUCAUUAACAAUGUGGCGCAUAUCCAGAAAGAGCAUAGCUUCGUGGUAUAUGGAGCCUCUACUCGCCUAGGAAUGAUUGCUAUUAGUCUCAUCCGCGCCACUGGAGCUGGUGUUGUCGCUGUUGUUGACAACUCGGCGCAGCGCCAGCUUGUGGCGGAGAGGCUUGUUCUGCCUCUCAAGUUCAUUAUCCAACCGAGCGAUCUGACUUUGCUUACAAACUUCGACAAACAGUUUUUUAUUAACUGUACCAAUGGUCCUGUUAGCUCGGUGGUUGCAGAUGCAGUGUCCGAAGCGCACUUUGUCUCGUUCAAUGCUGCUGACAACGCAGUUGAAAAGACUACACAGACUCGUGUCGAUAUUAUGAAGCUUCUCAUGGGCAAGCCGGCGGUUAUCAAGAACCUUCUUUCGACAAUGAUUACGGUUGCCUCAGAGCCUGGCCUGCUUCCUGAUUUGGGUACUCCGCGCAUCGCAUACAGCAAAGUCGCGGAAGCUGUUGAGCUUUUCAGAACUGACGCUCAGUUGGAGUCUAUCCAGCUCUUCGACAAUGGAGAUCCCGUCCCUCUUCAGAGCACUGCCUCCACCGCAAAGGUGCAACUAGACCCCUCCAAAGUUUAUAUCAUGGCUGGCGGCUUUGGAUCGUUUGCAUGGCCAGUGGCUUCAUGGCUUCUCCAGGCCGGUGCUCGCGCUGUGAGCUUCCUUCAAAGUCUAGAUGAGACUUACCCCGCUGUUAUUGCCGAUGUCAUCCAAUGGCUGCAAAUUAGAGGCGUUGAUGCUCAGAUCACCACCGAUAUAAGCAAGCUGAAUCAGGUUGAUGGCGUGUUCUGUGGCCCUAGAUCCAUCUCCAGCAAAACGCUGCAAGCAGUUGAGGAUAUUGAGAAGAACAAUUCUUUAUCCAUGUUUGUUUGUAUCUCCUCGGCUGCGUCUCAAUUUAGCAGGGCUGGUGAAUCUGUCUCUACCACAUUUUACAACAAGCUUGUUCGUUGGCGUCGCACGCACAGACUACCUGCUUCUUCUGUUUACAUUGGCCUUGCGCAGGACGCUGGAUGCGGAAGCACAGAGCAAGCUUCCGAGGCGGCUCUGAAGGAAUUGGGACUCCCAACUCUACCAAGCCAGGCUCUAUUCUCUCACCUCAGCCACGGCGCACUGUCUCAAUAUCCCGACGGCGAUGACUGUGAAGUGGAUGAUGAUCACUCCUUCACCGGCCUUCAACUGGAAACCAAGCACCAGUUCUGGGACACCCUGCCUUUGAUGAGCGUUCUGAACCAGGAGCUUGGCCAAGAUGAUUCUAGUGCUGCUGGCGCGACAAAGAGUCUUUCUGUUUUGAUGAGAGAAGCAAAGGAUCCUGAGGAGAAGCUUAGCGCCCUUGCAGAGGCAUUCGUGGAGAAGAUGUCAGUGUCUCUCUCUAUUGCCGCUCAAGAUAUUCAUAUUGGUCUUCCUCUAUCGGCCUAUGGCAUGGAUUCUCUUGUUGCUGUUGAUUUCCGCACGUGGUUCUCCAAAGAACUUCGUGUCAACCUGGCUCUAUUUGAAAUAUUGGGCUCGAGCACAACCAAACACAUGCUCCAGCACGUCUGUGAUCUGUUUACCGAGCAACAAGACAAGGCCCAGACGCCGUCUGAAGCAGAAACAACCACCAAAGCCGGCAAACCCGAUGCCGACGACGAGAACCGCAUCGUCCUCAAGCCUAUUCCGGACCAGAUCCCGCUCUCUUCGUUCCAGCGCCGAAUGUGGUUCAUGGACAGCAUGAUGGAAAGCCCUGGCGGCCUCACCUGCGGAUUCACGCUCAGCAUCCAGGGCAAACCAGACCUCGCUCUGCUCAACGACGCCCUUCACAAGCUCGGCCGCCGAAACGCCAUCUUCCGAACGAGAUAUGUAGACGGAGACGAGUAUGCUCAACAGGAAGUCCUCGAAGAGGUUGUGGGCGAUGUUGAGUUUCAGGAUAUCUCCGCCGAUGCAAAAGCAGAGUCUAGUGUCCAAGAUCAUAUGGAUGCUCUCCUCAAACGGCCAAUGGACCUAGAAAAGGGCGAAGUCAUCCGCACUGUUCUCCUCAAGGUCAGUGAGGAGUCUUAUGCCUGGCUGGUGGCUACUCAUCACAUCACCAUUGAUGGCAGCAGUCGUCAAUCAAUGAUGGAGCAGAUUGUUACUUGCUACAAUGACGCUGUUCACAACGAGAACAACACCGGCAACGUGCCACCGCUGAGCUAUGUUGACUUUACCCUCUGGCACGAGGACAUGAUCAAUUCGGAUGCUGUCAAGCAAGAUCUUGGCUGGUGGAAGAAGGUCCUCGCGGGCGCUAAUGGAACUAGCGAUCUUCUUCCUUUUGCUCAGCACGUCCGCGCAGAAAAGGCUAGCGAUCAGCGCCGCGUUAUCCGAUCGAAGCUCUCUACUGCUACUCUUAAGCGUAUGAAGCGUGUCUGCGGCAGCGUCAACGCUACGCCUUUCCAUUUCAUUCUUGCCGCUCUGCGCUCAUUUGUCUUCCGCUACACCAACCAAGAAGACUUGACGCUGCUCGUGAUUGCUGGUGAGCGCCCUCACUCCGCAUUUGAGCGCAUUUUGGGCUUCUUUGUCAACGUGAUCCCCCUGCGCUGGCAAGGCACCUUUGACGAAUCUUUUGAAGCAACGCUACUCAAGGCACGCGAGCUGGCUGUGGAAUCUAUGGCACACUCCCAGGCGCCUUUUGACGAGAUUGUUGACCAGCUGGAUCUCGAACGCAACCCGCAGCACUUCCCUCUCGGCCAGAUUGCGCUAAACUAUCAAAUGUAUGCAAAGUCGCCACGAUAUUCUACUGAACAUUUUGACAUUGUCGACGUGCACGUCACCGACGUUCCCACGUCGUCUGAGCUGCAGUUUGAGAUUCUUGAGCACCAAGAUGCUGGACUCGGCUUUACCCUUGACUACGACUCGUACCUGUACAGUGACAGAGAUAUGGACCGCUUCUUGGAAAACUUUAUGGUCUUUAUUGACAGCGCUGUGCAAGAUUUCCGCCAGCCUGUUGAGGAGAUUGCCAUGUGCGGAUCGCUAGAGAUGGAAGUCUUGAGAAACAGCUGCUGGACAGAGAAGAUUACCGAGAACUCUUGGAUGCAUAUGACUCUCUGGGACCGCUAUGAUCAGCUCACUUCUCAGAAUGGAGCUGCAAUCGCAAUCACGACGUCUGAUGGCCGAUCAAUUACUCGAGCCGCGCUGAAGAGCAGAGCUAUUGAGCUUGCCCAAGUGCUUCACUCGGCGGGAGUCGUUAAGGGCGACCGUAUUGGUGUUGUUUCGUAUGCGAGCACCGAUGUCAUUGCCUCCAUGCUGGCGAUUGCCCGUCUUCGAUGCACCUUUGUGCCUAUGGACCCAAACAACGCGCAAGGCCGCAUCGAGUACAUGAUUGAGAAUACCUCGGCAGCAGUGGUUCUACAUGGUUCAGAACUUGACCAGCUCAUUACAAACCUCUCUGCUUCUACCAAGGCAAAUUUUAUCUCUUACGAAACAGCAACGGUCGCUAGCACCUCUGAGAUUGCUCUACCUGCUGUAACAAACGCCAGCCCUGACGAUGUCUGCUACAUUGUUUACACCUCUGGUAGUACCGGUAAGCCAAAGGGCGUCAUGGUCUCGCAUGAAAACACCCAGGCUAUGUUGGUUGGUCGCGAGACUGCUUUGAGCCUCGGCUGCAGCGAUGUGUUCCUGAGCCACACAUCCAUGUCCUUUGACAUCUCCAUGGCUCAGACAUGGGGCUCUCUUAGCUCUGGCGCAACAAUGGCUUUGGCAACUCGCGAGGCUCGUAGCGAUGUCGAGCAGCUUGUAGAGUUUAUCCGCACUGCUCAAGUCACUAUGAUCUACUUUACACCCACGCAGCUGGCGAUGAUUGUCGAGAACUGCCUUGAGGAACUGGGCCGAUGCAACAAACUCCGAUCAGUGUCCAUGAUUGGCGAGCAUCUUCCCCCACGCCUGGUCAAGGCCGUGUAUGAUCUCAAGAUUGAUGGCCUCAUUUUCUAUAACGAGUAUGGCCCGUCUGAAAGCACCUCGCAAAACACAUACUACAAAGUGCCGUACCCAGAGCCCAACCAGCUCACUGUCGACAUUGGCAAGCCGUUGCCCAACAGCAGUACCUACGUUGUCAACUCUCGCCUGCGCCCUGUACCCGUUGGCGUAUUUGGCGAGUUAUGCAUUGGCGGUCCGCAAGUCAGUCUCGGAUACCUCGGCCGUGCCAGCACCGCCUUUGUGCCCAACCCACUUGCUGGCAGCCUGUUCACACAAUCAAACUGGACUAGACUGUACCGCACUGGUGACAUGGCUCGCUUCCGUCCCACCGGUGUGCUCGACCUCAAGGGCCGCAUCUCAGGCGAUAAGCAGGUAAAGCUCCGUGGACACCGCAUUGACCUUGAAGAGAUUGAGACCGAAAUUCAUCGUCUGUCCCGCUCUGACGCUGCUCUGUCGGCCAUUACCUCUGUUGUGGUUCUGGCACGAACGCUGGACACAGACCACGGCAACAUGACCGACGACAGGCAGCUGGUUGCUUUCAUUGCUCUCCGAUCUCCCCAGGGCAGCGACAAGCUUCACGAGAUGGCGACGCAUCUCAACGAACAGCUAUCCAACUCUCUCAACAAGUAUAUGCUUCCGUCGUGCUAUCAACCAAUGGAAGCUAUUCCCACCAUGGUCAGCGGCAAGAUUGAUCGCGUUGGCCUUACAAACAUGAAGCUCCAGCCAAUCUUCCACAGCAAGUCCAAGACUACCACUGUCGCCGCCCCCGUCGUCGAACAAGUUCAGGCUUCCGCGCCGGCGGAUGGACCUGUGGAGGUAAUCAAGCAGCUGUUUGCCACAGUCCUGAAACUUCCUGCCGACAAAAGCAUCCAGAGCGCUGAUAACUUUUUCGAUCUCGGCGGGCAGAGCGUGUUGGCACUGCGUCUGCAAAAGUCUCUCAAGAAGGAGUUUUCUGUCCCCGUCAAGCUAGUCGAUAUCUUCCGCAACCCAACCCCUGGCGGCCUAGCAGUUGCUCUGAAGCUCACCAACGCGACUACUGCCCCCGUCACUGCUGACAGUGCCCGAUCAUCGGUUGAAAUCGACUACGAUGCCGAAGCGACACUACCGAACGAGCCUACAUAUCAAGCCAAGAACGCUGUUGGCACUGGCUUGGCAUCGUCUACCCGCAACGGCGUCUUGGUCGUCGGCGCAGACGGCUACAUUGGCUACUACUUGCUGAAGUACCUUCUUGCUCUUCAGCCCAACAGCAGGAUCUAUCUGCUUGCCCUCGCCGACCGCUUCAACCUGGGCGACCUGUUUGCUGCUUUCCUCAAGAACAAGCUAUUCGACGAAUCCGUGACUCAGGUUGAUCUCCUCUCGCGCGUUGAGAUUGUCGAGGGCAACGUCGGCGACGCCAAGUUCGGUCUUGGAGACGCUGGGUUUGACGCGCUUGCACAGAACAUCCACGCCAUCUACCACACGGGCGGCUUCGUCUCACUUCUCGCCACGUACAGCGACCUCCGCGCGCGUAAUGUGCAGAGCGUCCUGAACAUGAUUGAGCUAGCGGCGGCGUGCAAGGCCGAGGGCGCUACGUCUCUUCACUAUAUCUCGACAUGGAGCAUUGUCCACGUGCAGACCUGGCAGACAACUACCAUCAAAGACUCUCUCUGGCUGGACGAGAAGAGCGUGGACACAUUCCGUCCCCCGACGUCCAACGAUCACGGAUACUUUAAGACACGCUGGGUUGCUGAGAUGCUUCUUGAACAGGCGUCGCAGCGCGGCUUGCCAUCCAUCAUCUACCGCUGCCCAGCCCAUACCGCACCCAUCGGGUCCUUGUCUGCUACACCAUCGGACAACUUCACUAUCAACCUCUACCUGAGCAUGGUCCGCACCGGGCUCAUCCUCAAGACAGCUGAGCGCCCUGACGGGCUUGAGAGCGACGUGGGUAUGCUGCCCAUCGACUAUAUUGCCGAUACGCUCGUCCGACUAGCUGCUACACCCGAGGUCCAAAAGCCCGACCAAUCUGAAGCGCUUCGUCUGCACAUUACGAACCCUCGAUCUGUACCGUACUCUGAGAUGCCCGGUCUGGUUGCGGAACUACGCGAAGACGGCGCCCAAGGAAAGCUGCUCGACUUGGCUCCGUGGUUUGAGCAGUUGACAGCCGCCAGCUCCGAGCAGGCUAACCUCGAGUUUGCCAUGUACAAGGAGUACCUGGACAAGGGGCACAUUAUGUUUACUGUCGACGACAGCAAGACACGGCCUCUGCUAGACAAGAUUGACGCAGAGAGCGACGCGAAGAGAGUCAAGUGCCCAGCUGUCGAUGCAGAGUAUUUCCGCAGCAUGAUUGUGCAGGCCAAGCUGUUUGGUGCGGCCAGCUAGACUUUUUUGGGCUUUUUUUCCCUUUGUUUUAACGAAUAGAUUAUAGAUUAUAGACUGUAUAGAUGAGGUUUACAUAUAUUUUGAAUUACGCUCUACUCUACGCUGUGUAUUCCAUGCAGUCGACGCAGAAUAUAUGACAAUGUUCUGCACGGACAAUAAACAAUAUAAUCGUAAAAGAUACUUGUGCAGCUGUAAAGGCUAAUAUUCAAUUAUUUUAUCAGUUU